AUGCCGGCCAAGGGUCCUCUGCAGUCCGUCCAGGUUUUCGGGCGUAAGAAAACUGCAACUGCUGUUGCCCACUGCAAAAGAGGCAAUGGGCUCAUCAAAGUUAAUGGGAGACCAUUGGAGAUGAUUGAACCUGGGACACUGCAGUACAAGCUGCUGGAGCCUGUUCUUCUUUUGGGAAAGGAGCGAUUUGCUGGUGUUGACAUCAGAGUGCGUGUGAAAGGUGGUGGACAUGUCGCCCAAGUUUAUGCAAUUCGCCAGGCUAUUUCUAAAUCAUUGGUGGCUUAUUAUCAAAAAUAUGUUGAUGAAGCCUCCAAGAAGGAAAUUAAAGAUAUUCUUAUCCAGUAUGACAGGACCCUUCUAGUUGCAGAUCCUCGUCGUUGCGAGUCCAAGAAGUUUGGUGGACCUGGAGCCCGUGCUCGCUACCAGAAGUCUUACCGUUAA